CUCAGUUCUAUAGUCUUUGCACCAUCGUUGAAUGAAGUUAUGUGUUUGUGUUAAAUGGUUGUGAAACAAAGAGAUUUAUACGAAAUAAAUGAGGCUCGGUAGAGAUUUACUGUUUAACAUUACUCAUGAGUACGGAAGAGACUCUGUUGAAUCUCGAUUUCGACAAACCAAACACAGCAAUUACGCCGCCCGAUGACGGUGUGGUAUCUUUGUCGAGUAGUUCGGAGGAGAUUUGUUUAGUGCCAGAGGUCGGGUUCGAGGGCAACGUGGAUUCGCCAGGGGUGAACAGAGAGUCGCAGCCGCUGCUCGGCGGCCGCGGCGACUUCGAGGUUUCUUUCAAUCAUUUUCCAGAUGACCCGCAGUUCAGCGAGUUGGUAUGGCAAGCGGAGGUGGCCAUCGACAAUGGAAUAUUCCCGGAAAGGAUAUACCAGGGCUCCAGUGGGUCGUAUUUCGUCAAAAAUCCAGGAGGGAAAAUCGUAGGAGUAUUCAAACCGAAGGACGAGGAGCCGUACGGUCGUCUGAAUCCAAAAUGGACGAAAUGGAUGCACAAGCUGUGCUGUCCUUGUUGUUUUGGACGCUCGUGCCUGAUACCCAACCAGGGGUACCUCAGCGAGGCGGGCGCUAGUCUUGUUGACUCCAAGAUUGGACUCAAGAUUGUGCCAAAAACGAGGGUGGUCAAGCUGGUGUCGGAAACGUUCAACUACCUACGGAUAGACCGCGAGAGGUCGCGACUGAAGCGAGCCAUCACCGAACAGUUCCCCAAUCUACGCUUCAAUAGAAUGGGAUUACCACCGAAGGCGGGAUCGUUCCAGUUGUUUGUCGAGGGCUACAAAGACGCCGACUACUGGCUGCGUCGGUUCGAACAGGAUCCACCGCCCCCACACGUCAUGAGGAAAUUCCAACUCCAGUUCGAGCGGCUGGUGGUACUAGACUACAUCAUUCGUAACACUGACCGCGGGAACGACAACUGGCUCAUCAAAUACGACUCGCCCAGCCAACAGCCCCCGCACGCUGAUAUAGACCUUAGAGAUCCCUCUGAAUGGCGUGGCGCAGAAGUCCGUAUAGCCGCAAUAGACAACGGUCUCGCGUUCCCGUUCAAGCACCCCGACUCGUGGCGCGCCUACCCCUACCACUGGGCCUGGCUGCCUCAGGCCAAGCAACCCUUCAGCCAUGAGACCAAGGAGCUAGUACUUCCAUUGUUAUCCGAUAUGAACUUCGUACAAGAGCUGUGUGACGAACUUCAUGUACUUUUCAAACAAGACAAAGGUUUCGACAAAGGUCUGUUCGAGCGGCAGAUGUCUGUGAUGCGCGGCCAGGUACUGAACCUCACGCAGGCGCUCAAGGACAACAAGAGCCCCGUGCAACUCGUACAGAUGCCCGCCGUCAUCGUCGAGAGAUCCAAGAGCGGGUCGACGUCAUCCCGUUUCUUCGACUCGUUCCAGCAACGCUUCCAGCACAAGUCGCCUUUCUUCUCCUGGUGGUGAAACUCCACGCCGCUAGAUGUAUAUCAAAAAAUGGUGAUAAGUUCCACUUGAAGCUGAAGAUUAGUGAUAUAAACACAACUGUAUGUAUAUGUAUGUAAAAUGUAACCUAGAAUAGAUAUACUUGUGUAACUACAACUAGUUGAAUACUGCGCGAGGUAGAUCAAAUUCACGACCGUCUGCGAUAUUUUAUAUAUUUAUGUUUUUUAAACCGUUAGUCUAAAUUGUACCUUAUCUU